CAACCCAAAGAGCGGCACCGUCCACAACAAGGAGCUGGCCCCUAUAUAUAUGUAAAAGCAAUAGCACAGGCCCCUCAUACUCCAACCAUAGCGCAAGGGAAAAGAAGAGAAAAUAGAGAUGGCGAUUAGGAAGAGGAGCGCAACGAGAUCAGUUAAGAGUCUUUGGUUUGUGUUGGCUGUACUGGUUCUGGUGGUGUCGACACAGUCCAGCUUUGUCCAUUGCAGAGCCCUCAGAUCAACAGUGGAUGUUGCUGCUGCUGCUGCUGCUGCUAUACAAGGAGAUGAGUCCGUAGGAGUAGCUAACUCUUCUGCAGUUUCUUCUAACAACUCCAGCAAGCGAUCUUCGGUGAGGAGCUUGACGUAUAAACUGGCUUCUGGACCCAGCAAAAGAGGCCCUGGACAUUAGCAACUGCUCCUUUCCUUUCCUCCAUUCCUUGAUUAAUUGUUUGGUUUUCCAUGUAAUUGUUAUUGUUGCACAAAGUAGAGGAUUACUUUUUGCUAAAAUUUUCCCCUCUAAAAGGCUGAAUCUCUUGUACCACCUGUAACUUGUAUCUUCUGAUUGACGUAAAUGAGGUAAUUAUACACUUUCCAAUACAAUCAGUUUUUCUUUUUGCUGAACUUUUGGAAACUGUGCAUUUCAUCUA